GCGGAGGCGGAGGCGGAGGCGGAGGCGAAGCGAGCGGCGGCAGAUGGCCAAAAGCUUUGAGGCAACACCGGGACCAUGAUGGCUCAAUUUCCAGCUGUUAUGAAUGGCGGCCCUAACAUGUGGGCGAUCACCUCAGAAGAGCGAACCAAGCAUGAUAAACAGUUUGACAGCCUCCGACCAGCUGGAGGACACAUCACAGGUGAUCAAGCACGUGGUUUCUUCUUACAGUCUGGCCUCCCAGCUCCUGUUUUAGCUGAAAUAUGGGCGUUAUCAGACCUGAAUAAAGACGGGAAGAUGGACCAGCAGGAGUUCUCCAUAGCCAUGAAGCUCAUUAAACUGACGCUCCAAGGGCAGCGCCUGCCUCCGUCAUUGCCUCCUGUCAUGAAGCAGCCGCCUGUGUUCUCCCCCUUGGCGUCUGCGCGCUUUGGAAUGGGAAGCAUGCCCAACCUGUCCAUCCCUCAGUGUGUGCCCCCGGCCGCACCCAUGGCACCUGUGUCCUCAAGGCCUUCCGUCACUUCCCUUCCUCCCUUGGGGAUGCCCGCCCCCCUGGUGCCCUCCGUUAGUACAUCAUCAUUGCCCAAUGGAACUGCUGCUCUGCUCCAGCCCAUGGCUGCCCCCUUCUCCUCAGCCACCUUGCCUCACACAUCAUCCUAUGGUCUUUUGAUGGGCAGCUUUGGGGGUUCUUGUAUCCAGAAGGCCCAGUCCCUGAUCGACUUGGGAUCGAGCAGCUCCACGUCCUCCACGGCUUCUCUGACGGGGGGCUCGCCGAAAGCUGGAACCUCUGACUGGGCCGUCCCGCAGCCCUCGAGACUGAAGUACCGCCAGAAGUUCAACAGCUUGGAUAAAGGCAUGACAGGCUACCUGUCAGGUCUCCAGGCUCGGAACGCUCUUCUCCAGUCCAAUCUUUCUCAAACCCAGCUGGCUACGAUCUGGAACCUGGCCGAUGUGGAUGGAGAUGGUCAGCUCAAAGCGGAAGAGUUUAUUCUGGCCAUGCAUCUGACCGACAUGGCCAGAGCUGGGCAGCCGUUGCCUCUGACCUUGCCUCCGGAGCUGGUGCCGCCUCCUUUCAGAGGAGGAAAGCCUGUUGAUUCCCUUAAUGGAACUCAGCCUUGUCACGAGAGAACCCAAGAAGAGCCACCCCAGAAGAAGUUACCAGUGACCUUUGAGGACAAGCGGAAGGCAAACUACGAGAGAGGAAACCUGGAGCUGGAGAAGCGGCGGCAGGUGCUGCUGGAGCAGCAGCAGCGUGAGGCUGAGCGUAAGGCGCAGAAAGAGAAGGAGGAGCUCGAGCGUAAGCAGCGGCUGCUCCAGGAACACGAGUGGAGGCGGCAGCUUGAGCUGGAGAAGCAGAGGGAGCUGGAGAGGCAGAGGGAGGAGGAGAGGAGGAGAGACGCAGAGAGACGCGAGGCUGCGCAACAAGAGCUGGAGCGUCAGCGCCGAUUGGAAUGGGAGAGAAUUCGCAGGCAGGAGCUCCUCAGUCAGCGGAAUAGGGAACAGGAGGAAAUUGUCCGGCUGCAAGCGAGGAGGAAGGGUCUGCACCUUGAGCUGGAAGCGCUGAAUGGCAAACAUCUGCAAAUCUCAGGGAGGCUCGAAGAUGUGCGGCAGAGAAAACAGAGUCGGAGGAGUGAGCUGGAAGUCCUGGACAAGCAGUGUGACCUGGGGGUCCUGGAGAUCACGCAGCUUCAGCAACAGCUGCAGGAAUCUCAGAACCAGCUCGUCUAUCUGGUGCCAGAGAAGCAGCGGUUACAGGACAGGGUUCAGCACCUGCAUCCGGACAGCUCAGCCCAUCUGGGAAUCGAUGCUGUUCACAAGAAAUCCCUGGAGAAGGAGGGUCUCUGCCAAAGGCUGAAGGAGCAGCUGGACGCCCUGGAGAGAGAGACAGCUGCCAAGCUGUCUGAGAUGGACGCCUUCAACAGUGAGCUGAAGGAGCUGAGAGAAAACUACAGCACGCAGCAGCUGGCCCUCGAGCAGCUCAAUCUGAUCAAACGGGAGAAGCUGAGAGAGAUCGAAAGGAAGAGGGCCGAGGCGGCCCAGAAGAAGAAACUGGAGGAGGAGGCGGCCACCAGGAAGGCAAAGCAAGGGAAAGAAAACCUCUGGCGGGAAAACCUGAAGAAGGAGGAAGAGGAGAAACAAAAGCGCCUCGUGGAAGAGAAAAUGCGACAAGAACUGCUGAGCACUGAGAACACACCGCUUGAGGCUGAGGACGGGGGGGAGGCUCUCGGUGCCUCUGAGCCCAGGAGCCCAGCCAGCUGGGUGAACUACAAGGCCUUGUACACCUUUGAAGCCCGUAGUCAUGAUGAAAUGAGCUUCGGUGCCGGAGACAUCGUGCAGGUGGAUGAAAAAACCACAGGAGAACCUGGCUGGCUCUAUGGCCGUUUUCAAGGCCGCUGUGGCUGGUUCCCAGGAAACUAUGUUGAAAAGGCGUCACCUGGCGAAAAGCUGGUGUCCCCCAAGAAGGCCUUGCUGCCACCUGUGGCUUCUCUGUCGACUACCUCGUCAGCUCCUCCAGAAUCCCGUCCUUCAGGACAGCCCGCAGCAGAGACCGAUUACCAGAACGUCCCCUUCUCUGCCCUCACUGCGAAUGCCAGCUGGCAGAAGAAGUCCGCUUUCACUCGCACCAUGUCCCCCGGAUCUGCAUCUCCCGUUCACGGACAGGGACAGACGGUAGAAAACCUAAAGGCACAGGCACUCUGUUCUUGGACGGCCAAGAAGGAGAACCACCUGAAUUUCUCCAAGCAUGACGUCAUCACGGUUCUGGAGCAGCAGGAGAACUGGUGGUUUGGGUCGGUGCAUGGAGGCAGGGGGUGGUUCCCCAAGUCCUAUGUCAAGAUCAUCGCGGGGCCGGAAACCAGGAAGGAAGAACCAGAAGCUAUCUAUGCCAGCAUCAAUCGGAAGCCAAGCAGCACAGGCCCAGCGCCAGGGGAAGAAUAUGUGGCCCUCUACUCUUAUUCAAGCUCAGAGCCUGGCGAUCUGACCUUCACCGAGGGGGAGGAGAUACUGGUCACCCAGAAGGAUGGGGAGUGGUGGACGGGGAGCAUCGGCCACCGAGCCGGCAUCUUCCCAUCCAAUUAUGUCCGAGCGAAGGAACCCGAGGCUCUGGGAAGCGCCAGCCGAGCUGGGGGCCUGAACAAAAAGCCAGAAAUCGCCCAGGUCACUUCCGCCUACAUGGCAUCUGGGGCGGAACAGCUCAGCCUCUCACCUGGGCAGCUGAUCCUGAUUCUGAAGAAAAACGCCAGCGGCUGGUGGCAAGGGGAGCUGCAGGCCAGAGGAAAAAAACGCCAGAAGGGAUGGUUCCCAGCCAGUCACGUGAAGGUCCUGGGCCCGGGUAGUGAGAGAGGGACCCCUGCCUCUCAGCCAGCGUGCCAGGUCAUAGCGAUGUAUGACUAUGCCGCCAACAACGAGGAUGAACUGAACUUCUCCAAGGGACAGCUGAUCACCGUCUUGAACAAAGAUGAUGCUGCCUGGUGGCACGGAGAGAUCGGCGGGGUGACCGGCCUCUUUCCUGCCAACUAUGUGAAGAUGACCACAGACUCAGACCCAAGCACACAGUGAUGCACUAUUGUCUUCCAGCGUGAAAGUUCCUCAGAGACCCACUAUCCUCCCAGUCUGGCUCUAGCGUGGAGGCUGGGCAGCUGCCCCGGCCGCUCGGCUCCUCCCCUAAGAGGCCUUCACCGCGGGCGGACGUUAGCCACCUGGGGCUCUGGGCGGAGGGGUCCCACUUAAAUUUCGUGGUUCUGGGGAAAGCUUUGAAGGAUAGUGGGUCUUUGUGUGACUCUCACUGCUGGUCCUGCUCUUGCUUCUCCCUUCCUGUCUGGCCCAGGAGGUCACUGACCGCUAGCCUCUUGAGUCUCCCUGCCUCCGAAGGCAGGAACCCUGACGCACAAAGACCCACUAUCUGCCCCCUUUCUGCUUGCUCUUUUGUAUGGGCUGUGACGGCUAUGCUUUUCCUCAAGCGUUAGUGACCGACGAAUGUGCUGGCCGGCGUCUCCCUUUGAAAUGGUGGUGGGCUUGGUGGGGGGGCGGGACGCUGGCCCUGUGCCCACCUCCUUCCUUCUCAUGAGCUGUGGCUGUGUGCCCAGAGGCCUUCCCGAGAACGUGGCCAGCAGUGGUGGGGUGUCCGUGCUCGGCCUUGUUAACCUUGGGUGGCCUCCGAGGUCCUUCCAGUUCUGAAAUCAGGCAUGUAGAAUCCAGAGGGUCACGAGUGGCAGCCAGCGUAUUCGCUUGGCCACGAUCUCUUAGUGUGACAUGUGCUGAUCGGCCCAGAUUUUGGUCGACGGCUUGUGACGGGUCCCCUUCUCGGGCCGGCUCGGGGUCCAGCGGGCGGGGAGGAGGGACGCAAGGUGGAAGCUGCUCGCUGCGCCUUCGCUCAGGUCUCACGGUUCGCGCUACUUGUUCAUGAAGGGAAGGCAUCCCAAAGGCGGCUAGCUGUCCUGCUGGCUCAGCGGACUUUCUGGCCAUCAAAGCGUUUAACUGUAUUGGAAAGCUUAAUAAAUGGUGUUUAUGCAAUUUUAUAAUGUUUACAAAUGACUGUGCAAUCACCUCUAUGAAUGUCAAGGCCUUAUCAGGAGGAGUGUCCAUGGAAUCCCAAAAGUGAAUUUUCUCCAAAGAAAAGUCCUCCCCAGCAUCCUAACCUAGCUCCUAAGCCUCACUGGUGCAAUAGUUAUUGGAUUGUGCCUCCGUGCCGUGGACAGGACUUGAGCUGAUCCUGCUGGGCAGCCCGAGUCACGAGCAUGGUGUACUGGAGAAUGGUCUAACCUGGUGCGCGCUGAGCCCAGCCAGGGAGAGUUCUGGGAAAUGAGCACCUCGGCUCCUCGAGAGCCUUUCUCCAUGUGCCUGGUGCAGGGGAGCGGCGGCAUGGACACGUGACUCGGGCUGGUUGUUGAGGGGAGAGCUACCCAGUAUCCCCAGAGGCUGCCGGGAGGUGAGGGGCAGGGGGUCCUAAGGUACCCUCUCCUUCCUCCUUUCUGAACUCAUCUUUGAAGCCAUGCUUCCCUGGAGUUCAGACAGCGGCUUAGCUUCUGGGGAUCUUGGCAGUUGGGGCUGAUCUGGACACAGACAAUUGAGGUUUGGGUCACUGCUCAUUAUCCUCAGGAUUUGACAGGACUCUGGCCUCUGGGUCAUCUUGUCUUCCUGGCCAUAGAAUUGGCCCCCUGUGAUGUUUGCUACUAAAUGAUUUUAGGCUGUCUUUUUAUAGCCAGAAUCUUGUGGCUUCUCCUUGGGUAAACAUGGAGAAUGCAGAAUGAAUGAUGUGGGAAGCAGAGAAAGCCCCUGGUCAUCUGGCCGUCCUCCUGCCAUCCCCCGAGUUGGAAUGUCCAGGAGAGUCAGGGGAAGGCCCUGUGUCCUGAGCCAGGCCUCGCCCUCCAGAUCUCCCAGAUGCUGCCCUGUUGACUUCCUGGCCGAGGGUCCUCAGGGAUGUCGUCUUACCAGGCACAGGGCAGCAGGGACCGGCGGGUGGGGCGACUUCUGUCCUCUCUCCUGGAGCUUUACCUUAAUCAUGAUGCUCAGCCCGGGCAGGACGGCCUUGACAUGCUGCUGGUUUCGGUUAGUUUGACGCAAGUGUGUGGGAGCCUGGGAGGAGCAGCUGGUAGGCUCAAAGCUGUCCUUGCCAAGUUACUGAAAAGUGGUUUUUACCAAAGUCUAAGUACGUGUAAAUAGGAAUCUUUAACCGAAAAUCCAGAUGCUCUCCCUUGUGGGGGUGGGGGUCCCCUAAGGAGUGCUGCUCUCGCUGCUGUGAUGUCAUGCGUUAUGGAAUUGUUGCCAAGCACUGUGAGGCGCCAUCAGUCAGGCUGGCGUCUUGUUGGGGGCACUGCGCGAAUGCUGGGCAUGCUUGGGCAUGAGGCCAUUUGUUUUCUUUGGAUUUUUCCUAUCUGUCAAAUAACUAUGCAAGUGUGUUUAUUAAAGGGACACAAACCAGCUGA